GUCCCGGUGCCGCCUUGUGAUGUCGACGCCCCUGGCAAGUCGAGCCCAGAAGAUGAGGCUGCCCCUUCUUACACAAAAGGGACUGGAGGUGCCGCCCCCCACAGAGAAGGACUGGUCCAAGGAUGAGGAAAGGCAUUAUGUCUUCAAGGAUCCGGACCAGCAGUGGCGUUCCCUGCCUCAGCCUUAUCGAAUGAUCAACAAGCUGGUGGACCUUGUGUUCGAGCGCUCGUGGGAGAUCAUCGAGGAGAGAGACAGGCUGCGGGAGGCCAAGCUCAGCCAGAUCCAGCCCACCGUCUACCCUCCGGUUUUCCAGAGCAAGCUCAGCAGCGUACCGAAUUGUAUGGCUAUUUCCCAAGACUACCUGUUUAUUGGAGGAGCCAAAGGCUUCUCCAUUUAUAACCUGUACAAUGCCAAACGCAUCUGUGUCUGGGAUAAACUGAAGGUUGGAGUCACGUCCAUCGGGGCCGCAGAUUUGGGGAACGACAUACUUAUUGCUCCUGUGGACGAGAUGGGUGUCAUUAGACUGUUCUAUAUUUACAAAGACAGUCUGUUCUUCGUCAAAACUGUCAAUGACGUGGACGACACCAACAAGCCAACACCCUGUGUCAAGAUGGAGAUCUCUCAGGGAGGGGACUUCGCGGCCUUCCUGCUCCAAGGAGCUGGAGACACUUGGCUGGAUGUGUACAAAUUGCCCAAGGAGUCUUGGCUCAAGGAGGUGGAACACCCCCAAGUCACUACGACUCCAAAGAAGAAAGUCCGACAGCCGCAGCUGAACACUCUUGAGCCCAUGUCUUCGGAUAAUUCAGAAAUGGACGUAAGCAUCGGUUUGAAGGGAGACGUGAAGCUGAGCCCUCCGGUUCACAUAGUGAAGAUCAAACCGCCCAAGCCCAUCACAGGUACCACAUUUAAGAGCCCCCUGGAAGUCUUUGCGAAGGUCGAGGGCUGCCUCGGGCUGGGCUCGGGGCAGAACCACUUCAUCAAGGACAGUCAGUGGGAGCAGCAGGCCGCCGCCUUCCACGCCAUGUACAAGAAGGUCCUGGACGGGGACAGCGAGGAGGAGCUGGCCAGUAUGGCCACGUUCCACUUCCUCCUUCCCACCUGCGUCAUUAUGAUGCCCGCGGAGCUCAAGGGCCCCUCAGGGGUGCCCUCUGUCCUUGGCGUGCACUGGAUGGGCCAUCACAACUUCUUCCUCUACUCGCUGAACAGGACCCAGAGGGACAAAGUUGAGCCCGAGAGCGUGUGGCCCUGCGCCGCGCCCAUCGCCCUGUCUCAGCUCAGCGGCUGCGGCUCCUACCUGGUGCUGGCCUGCGAGGACGGCGUGCUCACGCUGUGGGACCUGGCCCAAGGGUCCCCGCUCGGCGUGGUCGCUCUUCCUGAGGGGCGUUUCUGCCAAAGCGUUCACUUCCUGAAGUACUUCCUCGUCCUCGAAGGACGGAACGUGUAUCCCGAGGUUCCAGUGACAUCCCAAGUGACCUGUGUGGUGCUGUGCACAGACGCCUCUCUCCACCUCGUGGCCGCCAGCGGGGCGCAGGAGCCCACCACCCGCACACUGGUUGAGAGGCCAGCAAAGCACCCGGAUGAAGCCGUCUGUGCGGUGGCCCCAGUCCCACCCUUACCUGGCAUGGUGCUGGUCUUCUCCAAGAACGGCUCCGUGCACCUGCUGGACGUGUCUGGGCCCCAGACGGUCUGUGCCUUUGCUCCCCCCAGGCCCUUCCACCUGGUGGCCCCCUGGAGGCCGGUGUUCGUGCUGUCUGAGCACCACCCGUACUUCCUGCUCCGAGGAGACCGUCCGAAUCGGACAGAAGCCACCGACGAGGCCAAGGACAUCCCCAAAUCUGUCUUCUAUUUUCAUUUCACCGCCUACCCGCUCCUGGAGGACAUUGUGAGGAACAGCAGCAUUCCCCAGGCUGACCUGCCGGACCCCGUGGCCUUGCCCCAGGCACUGCCCUUGGAGGAGAGAUGCGACAGCUUCCUCCGGAAGAGGUUUCAGAAGCUGGAGCACCAGGCGAAGGAGCAGGAGCACUGGACCCGGCUGCGGAGGUACUCCUUGCUCCUCCAGAGAGAGAACCUCAAGAAGUGACGUGGCCACUGCCCCGGGCUCCCCGAGGAGGUCUCAGCGGCAGGCAGACCCCCGCCCCAGGAGGCCCUGAGGUGAAGAGACUCCGCAACAAAGGGCUUCGGCUCAGGAGGUCCCGGGGCCUGGAGUUGCAGACAGCGACCCGCACAGACAGGCACUGUCUUGGGGGCGGGGGCAGUUCAACCACUCUGCCCCUUGUCUAAGCCCCCAGCUGGACAGAUGCGUCACCCAGAUAAACAGCGAGAUUGUUGCCAGA